AUGGAUUCGGACGUAGUGUACAAAUCGACAUGUUACUGCUCUGAGCCGGAGGCUAAACAGGUUUCACAUAAUUUUAUCUUAAAAUUAUUUUUGACUAUUUUAGGCAAAGGUAAUUGCGUCUUUGGGGAAAGAGGUGAAACUAUUGAUAAAAUUUUUUGAAUGAACUUAAUUCCAGGUGGUUUUCGGUAUGCAGCUUUUUAUCACGGUUUUUGUUUCUAUUUGUUUCUUUUACGAGUGUUCUUUACUUUGGGCUCUCUUGGUAAAAAAAGCUCCAUUGUUAAUUUUUUUUCAUGAGCUCAAAUUUAGUUUGGUAGCGAGGUGUUUCUUCUUUUCGCUAUACUUUUCACUGAGCCUAUUUUUGCGGAGUUGAGUCUGUCUUUGCAGGUUUUUCAAUCUUAAAAAUACGGACACUCAUUAUUAUUUUCCAGUUGAUUCUUCUCGCUUACCUUCUGAGUAACUCAUACGUUCUAAUGCUACUUCACUUCAGUGAGUUCUCUAGAAUUUUUUUUAGUUUGUUAACCGUAUGAAAAGUGUCUCAUGAAAAUAAAGGAUAAUAAAGUCAAUUUUGAGAAAACGAUCAUUUUUCUGGUUACGCUCGGCUUUUCGCAAAGGUUUUUCAUAUAACGACUUGUGCACAGGCGGUACUUUGCGACGUUACCGUUUUUAUCAUUCUUUACUCCGGUUAGUUUCUAUGAAUAGUGUUAUCAAAGAAUUUGAAUAAUGAAAAAUAUCCAAACUGAAAGUCAACUUCAUGUUUUUACAGCUGCAUUGCUUCGAAUGCAAAUCAGCGUGAACCUCCUGACUUACUUGAAGGAGUUAUGUUCUAACAGCACUGGCGCUUCUUCAAAAACUUCUACAAACCGUUUUUACAUCACAAAUAAUAAAGAGACCCAACCUCGAAAGCCCUCGGUGUCGACUAUUUCUGAGCUUGCGUCCCAAGUCCGAUAUACCGAAGCACCCAUUUUCGGAAAGAGUUUCAAAGAAGUUUUGGUUUUAUGAAAUUGCUCAACAUGAAAUUCAUUGUUGCAUUUUGUGUUCGUAUCCUUGUAAUUUUUCUUGUUUGAGAAUAAACUGUAAAUGUUUUUAAAUUAGAUUAUUCCAAGUUUAACAUCUUCGCUCGUUUAUUUGAGCCUUAGUUUAUAAUCCUUACUUUCGUGUCAAAAUUUCUAAACGGGAUGUUUAAGACGGGUAGGAAGGUUAUAUAGCUGAUUCAAGAUUGGCUUGAGAAAUCAAAAAAAGGGACGCGAUAAUACACACGAAUCGGGCAGGGGUAUAGCGAUAGGGCCAGUAGUCUGUCGCAGAGUCUACCGAUGGUAUCACGGUUAUACCAUGCAAAAGGGCUAAAGUAUAUUCAGGAGGUUUGACGAUGGACAUAUUAUUAUACUAUCCUGAUCCAUUUUGAGGUAUAUGCUCGGUAUACUUCUAUUACGCGAUCCCGAUUUGUCUAUGAAGAAAAAGGACAGUUUGGUGGAGAUGGCAGACUGGCCUUCGAGGGCUAG